UCCAGCAUCCGCGAAAUCCUUCCUCAUUUUUACCUCUCAUCCUCCCCGCUUUACUCAACCGCAUUUCUCCCGUGCUCCCACCACAUAUCGCUGCAUCACCGUUCCUCCUCCGCACCUAGUGCCACCAUCGUGCCGCCAGAUUAGGUUGACAGCAGCGGAAAAGCACACGGGGGGACGAGAAAGGCGGUUCGAGGAGAGCCAGUCAGUGUAGGCCGUCCGUGGCGGCAGCUGUGGCUUUUGAUUUCACCCAAAGGUCGUCUGUGGCGGCAGCUGUGGCCUUUGAGCUCACCCAAAGAUCGUCAGUGGCUGCGGCAAGGCAGCAAGAAGCUUCGCAUGGCGUCGCGGUCGCGGCUGUUCAAAGAGCUGAAGGAGGCGCAAAGGGAGGCGCGGGGCUCAGCUGAUGCUGACAUCAACCUGAGCUGCGAUGAAAGCAACAUCUACAGAUGGACGGCAGUGAUCAAGGGCCCAGCAGACACGCCCUACUACGGAGGGCAAUUUACCCUGACAAUCAACGUGCCUCAGCAGUACCCCCUCGUGCCGCCCCAAGUGCGCUUUGCAACCAAGGUCUUCCACCCCAACGUUCACUUCAAGACCGGAGAGAUCUGUCUGGACAUCCUCAAGACAGCCUGGAGCCCGGCGUGGACGCUCACAUCCGUGUGCCGUGCCAUAAUCACCCUCAUGUGCCAUCCUGAAGCUGACAGCCCACUCAACUGUGACUCUGGCAAUCUGAUCAGAGCGGGGGACAACAGAGGCUACUGCUCCAUGGCCCGAAUGUACACGAGACUACACGCCAUGCCGCCGCUUGCACGAUGAUACCUGGCUGAGGCGCGUUUUGAGUCCAUUGAAUUACCUGUAAUUAGAUUGUAAUUAGACUUGUAAUUAGAGCUGAAUGUGAUUACUGUUGUCAAACAUGUGUAUUUGUUAUGUUUGCAUAGACUGUAUAGGGUCACCCCUUAGAGGGUACAAUACUUAGGUAUAUCUAUCUGUACUCUCCCACUACUUAUUAUUCUUUUCUCUCAG